GCAGCAGCAGAAGCAGCACUGUACAUAGACAACAGCAGGUCAGCUACAGACCGAUCGUUCCUCAUGAUCUCAACGGUUGCUGAUGAGAGCCGAUAGGACCCGGACUUGCUCGAACAGCGCCAAUUAGCUGUGAGGGACAGAUGCGCGGCUUCGUCUCCGUGUGUUUGUGUACUAAGCAAUAUGUUCCGUUUGAAGCGAAGGUGCUGAUUGAAACAUAGUCGCUCAUCGACUGUGUUUGAAAGGAUGUGUUGUCUGCUCUUUACGUAACCCUCUUUGCGUAAUUUUGCACUGGAUGCCGCGUGGACCCGGAUUAUUUGGCGAGGAGAGCUCCAGUGAUCUCCCUCCUCCCCGUUUCUGUUGUCCUCGGCAGCAGGCUCACAGACUCAUUCACACGGAGAAUCUGAAUGCAGCAGCAUUGUAAACAGACGAGGAGCUGUCUUAAUGAAAGACAGCAUCGGUGCAUCCCGCUCUAAGCCUUUUAUCAGCGAUGCUUGGGAUUCCUGCAGCUGCUCUCUCUCCAAUGCUGUCUCUGAGAAUGGGAUCAUAGUAAAGUUCUCUGGGAUAUAGAUCAACUACUAGCAUGUUGCAGCCCUACAUCAAAGCAGGUGACAGCCUGUUGGAAGCAUUACCUCACUGGAGUAAGCGUCAGAGAUGGGCCUUCUCCCUCACCCUCUGCAUGGCUCUCCUCUGGCUUCCAGGGGCGGCCGCAUCGACCCUGAACUGCCACAAAACCUGUAUCUGCGCCUCCAACAUAGUGAGCUGCUCCAAAAUGAACCUGACCAUCAUUCCGACUGGUCUGCCGCUCUACAUGGCCGUGCUGGAUCUCAGCUACAAUGACAUACAGCGGUUGAGAUCUGAGUGGACACCUGUCAGGCUCCCGAAGCUCCAUAACCUUCUGCUCAGCCAUAAUAAUCUCACCUUUCUGUCUUCAGAGGCAUUUGUAUAUGUGAAGUACCUGCGCUACUUGGAUCUGUCCUCAAACCACCUGCAGCAGCUCGAGGAGUUAAUCUUCGAGCCUUUGGUCAAACUGGAGGUCCUUUUGCUCUACAACAACCAUAUUUCCCAGAUUGAGCGCUCAGCUUUUGUAACCAUGAUUAACCUUCAGAAGCUCUAUCUUAGUCAGAACCAAAUCUCCCGUUUCCCCCUGGAGCUGGUCAAGGAAAGAUCCCGCCUGGAGAAACUUAACCUCCUGGAUGUGUCCUCUAACAAGAUCAAGAUUUUACCCAUCGAUGAGCUCCAGCUGCUGCCUGCCUGGAUUAAAAACGGCCUCUACUUCCACAACAAUCCACUGCUGUGUCACUGUGAUCUCUACACGCUUUUGGCCCACUGGUACAUCCGAAAGCUCAACUCCGCCAUGGACUUCAAAGAUGACUACACAUGCAUUCUGCCCGGCCCACAAAAAAUCCAAGAGCGUGUUUUUGAUCUCAGCGGUUACAACAUGAACUGCAGCACGUUCAAGGAGAAAGAUCAAGAGGCUUUUCUGGAGCAAAGGAUGGUCCUUCUCUGUGACACCAAACACAGGAAGAUGUCAAAGACCUGGAUGAUGCCUGGAAAUGUAAUGGUGACUCAUGAGAGCAACCAGACAGCCACAGUGUUGAAGGAUGGGAAUCUGCAGAUCAGUCCAGUGAGGGCAGAGGACUCUGGGACCUACACUUGCAUUGCCAUGAGCGAGGCCUUUAACGAGACCAUCUAUGUGGUCCUGAAGGUUCAUAAUUUCACCAUGCACGGGGGUGGGGAGACCCUGAACACAGCAUACACCACCUUAGUGGGCUGCCUGGCCAGUGUGGUGCUGGUCCUCAUGUACCUUUACAUGACACCGUGUCGCUGCUUCUGCUGCCCUGAUAAAGGUAAAACACGAGGUGACGACAGCAUCCACUCAUCCAUGCUCAGCGUGACACCCACCCAUGAGGACCCAACGCUCAAGGCGGAGCUAAACCGGCACGUGGAGUUCAUAGACUCCAAGGACUUGCAGGGCCAGAAUGGAAAGCUGAACCCAAACGGGGACGACGAUGAUGAUGAUCUGGAUGCGGAGGCUGGUUCUCUUAUGAAGGGGAAGAGAAAGAAGUCAGUAGCAGAGUCCAUCAGCUCAGUCUUCUCAGACACUCCCAUGGUGGUCUGAGAUGACUUCAGCAAAGACGCCAGAUGUGACUUCAUGUGAACAGUUCAAAGUUUGCCAUGUUUAAGUUCAUCUAAUCUGUGACUAAACCUGAAGAGGGGAAAAUAAGGACGGAUUUUCAUAUCUCGUUGCCGGCAUGUGGAAAUAAGGAUAUCAAAGGGAUAUUACAUUUACAAACUAUCUUGUUGUCUGCAAUAACAACAAGCAAGACUUUUCCAGCAUAUUAAUGUGUAGCAAUUAUUAUUCAUACUGUGAAGGGAUGGCAGCAAAUAGGAACGGUGGAAACUACUGAAGUCUUAUGAGUAAAAAGUAGAUGAUAUGUUGUGAAUGUCAGCACUCAGGAAGUGAUAAAACAAACUGUUUAAGUGUGAGGAAAUACAAAGGAAACACAUCACGCACAGGUUGAAAGUAGAUUUUAAAAAUCUUUAUUGAAACCAUAGCGGGUUGAUAAUUAUAUCUAUCAAUACAACUAGAUUAGAGCAUAGAUACAGAGCCCCUCCUCUAUCAGGGACCGACACUUAGAAAGACAGCCCACUGUCUACUGGCUGUGAAUACAUCCUUAUAUUAUGCUUGAGUCAUCUAAAGAGAAACAGCAUGUCAUAAGGCAAAAUAAUACACGUCCCAGAGUGAUCUUUGCAGGUCAGCUCCCUCCUACACCAUAGCUGUCAGCUACUUGCACUCUGAUGUAGUUCAUCAGACCUAAUGUUAUUCUGAUUCAUAGUAUAUGUGUAGCCAUAAAGAAGAAAGAUAUUUUCUCUCAAAUUAAAUUUAGGCUAUGUAGACAUUAAAAAUAGUUGACCUGUUCAAGGCUGGUCAUUGCUUAUCUAAGUAGAAACCUCUAUAUUUCAAAACUACAUCAACACCCAAAAGAAACGUCCAGAGCCUUAUUCAGUAAAAACAUUGAACGCCUUCAGAGUGAAGAGUAGUCCUCAAUAUUUUAUUUAUGUUCUGCAUACUGACAGGUAUCAUGGUACUUAGAAGGUGACUAGACGUUUGCCUCAUAACAAUGGACAUGCCCCUUACUGCAGUUUAAAUCCCCCUCCUGGUCAAAUUAUAGUGUUCCUAGCAGGAGGUUGAACUCUAAGCUAACAGUAACAGCUGCUAGCUUUAGCGAACAUGUUCCUCCCUGGAUUUGAAAUAAGCCCCUUUCAUAAAAGCCUGAAAAGUCUGAAUGUGCAUAUACUAAACAUUAGAAACCUCUGGGCAGUCGUAGGUCAUAAAUAAUAGAUUAAAGCACUUUGUCUGGCAUUGUGCUUAGCUGGAUGAUUACCAGGGUCACUCUGUUUUGAAAAAUGGCUUUUUUCUUUUGCCUUGUGGUCGGUAGAGAAAGCCGGAGAGAGGUUGUGUAAGUAAGUCCUGACAGGAAACCCAUUCUUGUAUUUAAUUGUCAUAAUUGUAGAUUGAGUUAAAGAUGCAAGAUGCCCCCGUAUGCUUGACACAGAGUGUGCCUUUCCCUAAACAAGAAGGAGAGGUUUAAUUAAACCGCACGGUGUACGUGUAAUAAUACAUCAAGGCCAGAAAGGCUUAAAUGCUAAUUGGAUCUUUUGAUAGAUUCCAGCUUCCCUCUUUGUUAUCACAGCCACACAAAGCCAUUCUCUCGAUUCAGCCCAGAUGUGUUUGUUUGUGUUUCUCAGUCAUUACGUGCCUGUUCAAAGCAAUCAUUCAGCCAGGCAAUGGAUGUGUUGCCCUUUAAGCUGUCUUUUAUUUGUUUUUGAGGGAAACGCUAACAGCAUUGAUUGACCAUUAGCUCUCCCACUCAUUUAUACGGCUGGAAAGUCAAAUAUAAGAAUUUGGAAAGCAACAUGUUAGUAUUUGAAUGCACAAUGCUGCUUUGUUUUCCACUUUAUGCAGAUAUUUGUGUAAAAAAAAAAAUCACAUACAUCUUGCAUUCAAAUGUCGGCAUAGCGGUCAGAUGAUAUGAUCCAUCACAUUUUGGAGAUCAAUAGUGUUUUGCGCAAACAUGAUGUUAUAUUUAGCAUCUCUUGUGUGGGAGAGAAAAGGGAAGUCACACUUGUCAGAGAGGUUGGUGUGUAAAUCAUCCCGUUUCUCACACAUAGGGAUACCAGGUGGAGAGAGGGAGAGCAGCAAAAAAAAUACCACAGGAUGCACUUAAAUAAAGCCACAUUUAGCACAACCCCAGACAGGCCAGUUUUGUGAAUCCAGGCUCCAGGUUUUGCCCCAUGGAAUUGAAAUAUGAGUUGUUUCCUGCUUUUUCAUUUGGCGAUCAAUCUAAAAAAAAAAACCCCUCAGAUUUCACCACCUGGCCACUCAAGGCCUCAUGAGAAUCUAUUGACGCUGUCGCAGAAUCUGAAAAUAUCCUGGGUGUAAAGUAGCAGGCAUGAAACUGCCAGACCAUCAAGAAUAAGCAUGUGUUCGCCCUGAUGCGAGCCACUGUCAAUCAAGGUAAAUCUGUUUUUACUAAUAGGCGGUCUUCUCCACUUGGUUGUCACUUAAUUUACAAGUUUAGUUCUGUACAGAGACGAAUGAAGUGCUAUUGGUCCUGACAUAGAGGAGAAGCCAGGCUUUGUUCUGUCCAAAGCAAAUCUGCCUUCUUAUAUACAGUAUAUAAAGUAUAUAUAUAUAUAUAUGUAUUAAGACUCACUGUUCAGUAUUGAUUAGUUGUGUACUGCUAUGUUCUACCAGUGUACUGACUGUAUUCUUGUGUAACCUGUAAUGUUAAUCAUUUUGCAUUUUGUCUGCCACUGUGCUACUGUUAGCUGUUUCGACAUUUAAGUCUUGACAUACAUGUUUAUUUUUUAAGCGGGGUUGGGUUUAGUUUUCUCAUUGAAAGGAUGUAUUUUACACUUGAAUCUACUAAAGAAUAAGCUUAAAAGAAAAAACUA